UUGUUUUCCUACUGUUGUCGACGUCAGAAAAAUUUUUGUUUUAAAUGCCUAAAAAAUCUUAUUACUAUCACAUCGGUUUUUACUCAUUACGAUAUUUGAAAUAAGGCAGUCUUAAAACGAUAAGUGAUUAGAAAAUACAAAAUUUGACUAGUUAAAUGCAUUGAAAAGGUGAAAAAUGUGUGUUUGUGUCAACUGCUAAAAUUUACCGUGUAAAAUUACCUACGGACAAAAUUCGGUUAUAAAAUAUGCUUAAUAUUAAAAAAAGAAAGGCAUUAGUGUGGAUUGAAAUUGCUUUAUGCAAAAUAAGGCCAAACCAAUCUUUGCACUGAUAUUAUUGAUUUUUCCUUUAUAAUUGGCCAGCAAGGAAAAUUUUCCGGAGAGCGCAAUCUCCGUCUGCUCACGGAUGCCAUUUUCCUCUCCCUUGGAGUGCCGCUCUCAUUUUACCCCUUUUGUUUUGCUUAGCUUGUUCGCAAAUAAACAAUUCGAAAGCGCAAAAAACAUGCCCAAAGUUUUCCAAACGAAAGUCUUAAACCUUCCCCGAUAAUAUGUUGCACAUAAAUCUUCGAUAAAUAGCCAAUACAUAUGAGACAGAAACACUCUGAGCCCAGAAACUAAUCCCCCGCUUCCUGCACUCCAACAUGCUGAAUAGCCGGAGCCCCCCUCAGAAUAAGCAGCAAUCCCCGGGGGGCUCCGUCGGCUCCGUCGGUUCCUCCAGUUCCCUGAACUCUACCAACUCCGCCUCCCAGUUGUUGGGCCAUUAUCAGUCUGCCUACGGACAGCAAGGUCACUCCCACGCCUGUUAUCAGCAUCACUUGCAGCAUCAACAGCAGCAGCAGCAUCAUCACCAUAAUCAUCACCGCGGGGGUCGCACCUCGCUGACCCCGACCAUGAAGCGAGGGAAGAAGCAGUGGGGCUCCAGGGAAAGAUCCGGCAUGAGUUUCCUUAUCGUCAUCACCUUUUUCGCCGUCUUUGGAUUAAUAAUACUGACCGAGGUCUUCAUGAUCGACGAGCGCACUCACAGCGGCAUGUUGGCAAUGAGAGCAGGCGGCGGAGGUGGCUCCAGUCUGGGCGGGCGAAUGGGCGACUCGAUGCCGGAUUAUGAUAAUGUUAAGGACGAUUACGAUCUACUGGAUGCUAGCAUUCUGAGUGAUAAUAAGUUAGGAUUUAUACAGCUGCGUGACAAUAAACUGAAAAUUCAAGAAGCCGCAGGCGCCGAUGGCCAACGUUUGGCCGGAAUGCUACUCAAUGGCGGCGGAGGUACGGGAGCAGGAGCGUUCGGUGUGAACGUUCCACUUAUACCCUGGGGUCAGGUGCUGCCCGGCAAGGUGGAAGAGACCCUGCCCCACUUUCCUUUUGGCACACGGCCCACCGAUGGCGCCUGGCAGGUUGUCAACGGCACCCGCUUCAAGUUCUUUGUCUACUCCGCCUACUUCGAUCGGCGUGAAGGAGCCCGGCUGGUGCGGGUGGUGGGUGCCACGAAAACCCGGGGACCGGAGCGGGUCUGGUGUCGGUUUUGGUACGGACCAAGUCCUGCCAAUGCCACGGAUACGGGCUCCACUUCGGCACGUGCCAAAUACUCCUCAGCCACUGUGAUGGCUCGCGUCAAGAUCAUCCGUGAGAAUUGGAACCUAAAGUACAGCGCCUGUUUUAUCCUGUGCCCGGUGCGCACUCCGCCAUUGGCUGUUCCCCACUUUGUAAGCGUGGUAUCCCGCCUCCGUGCACCGCCGGGUAAUCUACUGACCCUGCGUAAUACUGACCAGGAUGCUGACUUUGCGGCGAGGCCGGUGCGAAAUGCAAGUACCACAAAAGGAUUACCACUGGGUCGGUCUCCGCCAAGUGGCGAUAAUAUACCAGAUCGCAUUGCCGUCUGCGUGAAACCUCUACACUUCAAUUACGAUCAGGCUCUGUACCUAAUGGAGUAUUUGGAAUUCUACGCCUUGCUGGGUGUUUCCCAUUUUACAUUCUAUAACCAUACACUGGGACCGCAUGCAUCCUGUGUCCUGCAGAGCUAUCAGCAGGGUCUGGUGCCAGGUAAUCUGACUGCUCACGAUCUGGCACCUCUUCUGCCAGCCGAGGCAGCCAACAAUGCCACGCCCCGCGUUCUCAAAACGCACUAUCAACGUCCAACCGUCAGCAUCCUGCCAUGGAACCUUCGGAUGCGCAGCCAGAAGGAGAUCCGCACCGAGGGACUCUUUGCGGCAUUGAACGACUGCCUUUAUCGCACCAUGUAUCGCUACAAGUAUCUGGCCCUAGUCGAUCUGGAUGAGUUCAUUGUUCCCCGUUACUCCGACACGCUAAAUGAACUUAUUGGAUCCCUAAAUCAGCGCUUCCGCAAUCGCAACACUGGUGCCUAUUCCUUUCAGAACGCCUUUUACUAUCUACAGUUUGCGGACGACAGCCUGGCUAGUUCGGGAAUAGACGGGGGCAACGACCAGUUGGCAAGUGUGCGGGCCUCAUUAGUUACCCAACGUAAGACGCGCAGGCGCUACAAACUACACCCCCAGAAGCAGCGAUCCAAGUACAUCUGCAAACCGGAGGCAGUCGUCGAGGCGGGCAAUCACUUCGUAUGGGAAUUUGCGCCUGGAAAAGGAUCUCUCAACGUGCCGCCAAAGGAGGCAAUCUUGCAGCACUAUCGAGUUUGUGAAUUCGGUGGCAACGACUGUAUUAAGGCCCCCUCCAUAGUGGAUCGAACGACCACAAAGUAUGUGAAUCGCCUUGUCCAGCGGGUGGAUGCCGUUUACCGUCAUCUGCGUCAGCGUUGCGAUCUUCCGGCUUUGCCCCCAGUGCCCAAGUCCAAGGAAGUGCCCAAGGAGCAGCCCAAAGGAAAGACCAACGAGAAGUCCAAAUUGCAGCCACAGAUAGCGAAGGACCUUGGGGGGCAGGGUGUUCCAACGAAGGAGAGUUUAAUCAAAGGAGUGGCUGCCACAGCCGCCACAGCAACCACAACGACAACGACGAAGGCAACAACGAAAAGAGGAGUGGCAACGAAGCUGGAGAAAGCCAUCCCAGUCUCCACACCCGUGAGCACUACGACGAAGACUUCAACAGCACCAAAGCAAUCGCUUCCCUCGGCCAAUGACCGCAAGAAACGGAAGUUGAUUGUGUUUGAGAUUAAUGAUUUCGGGGUUCCAGUGGCCCGGGUCGAGUAUCAAUGAGAUUGGGACUUAGUUGGUAAUAUUUAGAGGAGCUUUUGGUUCAUUUAUGUGCCAAUAAGUUUGUGGAUUUAAUGUUUUUUUGGUUGUGUUCCGGUGCGGUUGUUCAACUUCAGUUGGCUAUUGUCAAAAUGCUCAACAAAUGAACUGAUCUUAUCUUCAUUUGCUCAUCUUAGAAAUAAAGAAGCGCACGCACCAAAGUAAUUUUAAAGCAAUACCACUAGAUUCUAGCGAUAUGAUCUCUAAUUAAUGACUUCGGCAAAAAUCAAACUGUGGCCAAUACCGAAACAGUAUAAAAUGCAUAUGCUUUAAUCAUCAUCACAUUCUAAAUUGAAUUUACAUUUGUUUAUUGUUAAAAAAAAUAUUAUGAUUCUGAAAUAGUUUUGAUUUAUAUAAAACUGCACAAAGACUACUCAGACAAUGCUAGAUAGAAGUUACUAAGAAAUUAAUAUGACUAAUCACAGUUUAGUUUUUCAUUUUAAUUUGGAAAAUAUGAUUUCCCAAUUUUGGUAUCCUAAUGCAAAAUUAUUCCUAAACAAAAUUCAGAAAAUUCCUAAAGCGAAAUUCAUAUGUAAUGUAAGCCAUUGAUUCGUGUUGUAGACUAAGCACUUCAAAAUGCAAAAAUAAAAGUAAGGCAAAGGCAUAUAGAUUAAAAAUAUCUAUUGAUAUUUUCCCUGUGAACAGUUAGUGCAACAUAACCAUUUAGUAUCUCCUCAACGGUAUGCACCUAGACUCUGAAUUAGUGGGCUAACGAAAGCUUAGGACAUAUCUGCUAGUCUUUACGCUUGUGCUGGCAGCAAACACUCUAAAUGAUUAGUUAAGGCUUGACACUAAAAUGAAUCGAAUUUUCAAUGCUUCGAAAUCCGGAAACUUUUUGUUUGGCUUAGAGCGCAAAAAGUAUAAAAUAAUUAUUAAGUUAAUUAAACAUAAAAAUAAAGAAUGAUUAAUAGUCGGUCUAUAGUUAUUAAGCGGCAAAUACUAAAGAGAUCUCUUGAAAUACAAAAAGUCAAUAAAAUUGCAAUAAGCAAACCAGCGUUUGACUUCAGGCGGAACAUGUUCACUAA